UGCCGUCCAGCUGGGCCAGCUAGGAUCAGUCCUCAGCAUCAUCUUUAAGAGCUAGAAAGAUAGUAGAUGGAUGACGAGACUGACACUCCCGCCGUAGCUAGAGCUGGGAAUUUGAGGUCGACGCGAUCUAGGAAAGGGUGCUUGACUUGUCGGCUUCGGCAUAAGAUCCUUAAGAAUGAUAUUAUUUUACUUCGGAAAGUGGUGGACGCUGACUCGAGACGUCAUCCUCUCCAUGAUACUCUCGUCCAGGUGAAAUGCGAUGAAAACAAGCUCACAUGUCUCAAUUGCAAGAAGCUCAAGCUGGAUUGCCGGUGGAGUGCGAUGAGCAGACGAGAGGCGGAGCAGGAGCUCGGAAUCAGGCAGAGAUGUUUGAAAGCGGAUAAGGUGUCUUCGUCUCCUCCUGGAUUUCAAUCAUCGCUAAGCCUCCAAAGAUCGGCUGCUGCGAAUCUGGCUAUCAGGACGUCCCCUGCUCAAGCCGAAAACGAGAUGCAGGAGGAAAUCCGAGAUCCAACUCAGGAAGAGGUUGGAUACCACGCCAAGCUGUUCUUCGAAUACGUCUAUCCCGUACGGUGUAACGCUUUCGUCAACAAAGAAGAGUUUGGGAAAGCGUUGAGGGAAGGGAAAAUUGGAAAGUCUUUGGGUUUGGUCGUCUGUGCGGUCUCGGCACGGUACGCCAGACAUGACUCGACGCCAACGCCCGACUCUUCGGCCUCCCUGGGGUCAGACACGCCAGAAACGACCCGCUCGGAUCCGGAUGGAACACCUCAAGCAGCUCACUGGGCGUCGAAAGCGAAACAACUCGUUUUGGGCGAUAUCGAUACGUACUCGACGUCGAAGCUCGUCUGUCUGCUCUUGCUCUAUCAACACGAGAUGAACUCUGGGAGGUGGGGGAGCGGAUGGAUGAUCUUGGCUCUGGCUAGUCGGAUGGCCUAUGGGUUGGGGUUGGAUCGGGAUGAUGACAAUACGGUAUCAUCUGCGGCAUCGCCAUCGUUGGGGUCAACAUCGAGGAGCUUGAACGGGGAUUGGGUCAAGAAGGAAACCGAGAGACGAUUAAUGUGGGCUUGUUGGGCCGCGGAUACUCUCGCUGCGGACGGCUCGGAAAUCUAUUCUACUGUCACAAGAGAUAGUCUGGGGAUACAGACGCCUUGUUCGGAAGAGAAUUACGGUUCUGAUGGAAUGAGGGAGGUGGUAACGAGGAGGAUCUACGAGGUGGAGGUGGGUCGGGAUGCAGCACGUUCGAAGGCAGUCAGAUAUGGGUCGAUCGAGACGAGCGCAACGGAUGGAGGAUAUGAUCAAGGAGGUGCGAUGAACCACUUGGUCCGGAUCUUGGCCGUACGCUCAGACGUCUUGAGAUACAGCAAACGCGUUCACUCGCUCGACCGUACACCUUGGACCCCUGGAUCCACUUUCCACCUUCUCGAAUCCCGCAUCAGAGCAUGGGAGAUGGAAUUACCCGAUCAUCUGCGUUUUACAAGAGAGAACAUCUUGAACUCGGACCGGCCUGCGGAGCUGGAUCAACUCGUCACGCUCCACCUAACAGCAGAUUCGUGCGCCUGCAUGUUGACACGUUGGUUGAUACCUGAUUCUCCUUGGAUGACAAAAGAACCGGGUCACUGGGAAUCAUCCGGAGACGCAUUCGCGACUGUAUGGACCGAGGAUUCUUUGGAAAAGUGUCUCUUCCGUUCGACCAGGAUGAUCGAAAGGGUGGCGCUCGUAGCCAACCUUCGGCCUGAUUCUAUACUCUUGGACCACUGGACAAUCGUCAUGGUCACCGAAGCCGUGCGGGUCUGGCUGAUCUUAACAAGAGGUAGUGAAGCGGGAACAUGGCCCGAGGCUAUGCGAGGAACGUUGCAAGUCGCUUUCGGAUAUCUUGCUAGGAUGACGAUGUAUUAUGCUGCAGCAAGGUCAUCGCUGGAGAUCCUCCGUGAUCUAUUGCACAAACAUGGGAUCGUCGUCCUAGCAGAAGCAAUACAUUCACGCAGAUCGACUGAUAAUAACUCCGAUGCAAACUCGGCGGCACAGACGAGCGUGGAACAGUCCUCGAUUUCAGCUCGGGAACCCCUCGGGAGUUCGUCAAAUUACGUAUUGGAUCGGGUCGCGAGGAAAUUCGAUGCCCUUGUAUUAGGCGAGGAUCAGGCGAGCCGAGGCAAACUAGGGGAGCCGAGCCGUCUCGAAAUUUCGGAAGAUCCCGCCAAAUGGACUGCGAGUAACUUAGAGCCGACUGGUCAGUCUCCUGUAUUGAACCCAGACCUUUCGGAGAUGAACAUGGAGGCCUUUCUGGAUGUGGAUGACACGACGAUCGAGACGUCGAGUGAACGCUCUGCCCGGACCGCACGCGCGUAGGAUGUUGGCGAUCGCCAAAAGGUGGCGACCGGCAGUUUGCGAUUCGCGCGCCACGCUUGCCAGGUCCCCAAGUCCGGUCCGACCCUUUUGUAAUCCGGUGUCAGCUCGAUCA